AUGUCGCCGCGCGCCGUGAGCGCCGAGCAGCAGUCCGACGAGAAUGGGCUGCAGCGGAGUGACGACUCCGUUCUGUUCGAGGAUGUCUUGGAGCGGUGCUGCGGCACCGGACGCUGGCAGGUGCUUCUGGUCAGCUACAUGUCCGUCAUGUGGCUCAUCUUCCCGUCGUUUACAUUGUCGAUGAUCUUUGUAGGCGCAACGCCGAAGCAUAAAUGUGUCGACGGGUUCGACGUCAACGCCACGUUUGCAGAUCUUCCAGAGGAAGCGCCACGGUGUCACCCUCUCGGCGAUAACAGCUCCUCAUGCACGCGCUGGGCGUUUGACAAGUCCGUGUACGAGUCGACAGUGGUGACCGAGUGGAAUCUGGUGUGCGCGAGGAAGCCGCUGCUCUCCAUGCUGCAGUCGUGGAUGAUGAUCGGCGCCAUUGUUGGGUCCGUGGUCGGCGGGCAACUGUCGGACCGGUUUGGUCGCCGGCCGGUCUUCCUGCCAUCGAUGCUUUUCGUAAUCGCCUGUUCCUUCUCUGCAGCACUGGUGAGCGACUACAUCAGUUUUGCCGUGGUCCGAUGUCUGACGGGGUUUGCCAUGGCUAGCAUGAUCGCCAGCCAGUACGUGCUGGUGACAGAGCUGGGCGGCUGCAAGCAUCGUGCUGCCCUGACAACCGUCACGUACUUACCGUAUGCCUUUGGAAUCAUGCUAGUGGCGGCCGCAUCGUACGGCAUCCGCACGCGCUGGCUGCUGCAGCUGGCGUUUGCCGUUCCGUGUGUGCUGUUCCUGCCCAACUUCUGGCUGAUGCCCGAGUCACCGCGUUGGCUGCUGGUCCAGCGCCGCCUUGAAGAGGCGUGCGAGGUGCUGCGUCAGGGUGCGCACUGGAACCGCCGAAAGAUGCCGCCCGACGACCAGGUGCUCAAGAUGAUGGAGGACGCGCGGCGGGGACUGCUGGCUCGUGAAGCGGCACUGAAGGGCGACGGCGAAAGGCCCGCACUGGAGCGCGCCCUUGACCUGGUGAGAACGCCACGCAUGCGCACUUACACCCUAGCCAGUGCCUAUAUCAGCUUUGCAAUAUCGGGAUCGUAUUACGGCAUCUCGUUCGACAUGACGCAGCUUAGCAGUAGUCCGCACUUGGCCGGCGCCCUCUCUGGGCUGGUUGAGGUCCCCGCAUACCUGAUUUACCCGAUGCUCAACCAUUUCGGUCGCUGUCGCUGUUACGUGUUUUUCCUAUUCUCGACGACAGUGGCCAUGUUUCUCCUGUUUGUCAAGAACGAUGCCACACUAUGGCUUGUGCUAGGUCUGGUUGGCAAACUAAGCAUCUCAUCGGCAUUUAGUAUGCGAAAUUCGUACCUGUCUGAGUACAUGCCCACUCAGCAGCGUGGCCUGGCGCUGGGCGUCAGUCAGAUGGCGGUCCGGGUGGGCGGCGCCGUGUCUCCGUUCGUGGUGGACCUGGUGAGCGAUGUGCACGAGCUGGCGCCGUCGGCCGUGUUCGGCGCCGUGGUGCUGGUGGCCAGCCUGGCGGCGCUGCUGCUGCCCGAGACGGCCGGACGGCCGCUGCCGGAGACCGUGGCGGACGUGGAGACAACCGGACGACCUAUCGCUACGGCGGCAGCAGGAGGGCCGGGUCGCGGCCCGGCACCUGCCGCGGGCAGCGAGAAACCGCCUCCCGGCCGGCCGAAGCACAACGACACAGAGACCGGCGCCCAGGCUGCUGAGGCAAUCGCUGCAACGCAGCGGCUCCAAGGAUCCACCAACAGUGCCCUGAGUCUGAACGACGAAUAAUGGCAUUAUCUACAGAACGACUUCAUACUGCAUGCAGUGUAAUGGAGGCCUGUCAUAAGGGUAGCCAAAUUUGGAAAAUUCGAGUUCAAACAGCGCAGUCUAUAGAGAGAGGUGAUUUAGAGUGGCAAUCAGUUGGUGUUUACUGUUAAUAGUUUGUAAAACGAUGACGUGGCAAUGUCGAAUAUCGAUGCCGUUGCAACACACGUCAUGGGUAGUCGU